GUACUGUUGCAAAGCCAAAAAGAAGGCCAUAAUCCUCAUGACAGAACGUGACAGACCAGAAUAAUUUCUGUUUUUAUGAAACCUGCAACCCUCAGAUGAAUUUGACAUUACAGAGAAGAAACAGACACACCAGCUUCUUCCUCUCUCGGUGGACUUCCUCCUCCUGCUCCCCCUCACAGUCACACACUGACAACCCUCACACCACUGUCAGUAUCGUCUUUGGACAGCUCUGUGAAUUGUGAACUCUCCUACAUCUGCCUUUCAACAUCUUGUUUAUGGGUGUGACGACAAAGCCGUUUGAAAGAGAACAGUGGCCGUCAACCUCACUCUUAUUUCCUCCUUCACCAAAAACCAACACAAAGAAGAUGUCUGACGCUCUGUGUAUUGUGGGUUCAUUGUUUGGGUCGGCAGAAGGACAGCAAGACUGUGGUUCCUGCUACCUGAUAAAUAUGGCGUCUGUCAUGGUCAUUAUUGCCUCGGAUAUCCUCCUGACCAUCUUCAUCACUAUUUCUGUGUUCUGCUUUGCAAGUCACCACAAGAAAAAGAGGGAAUGGGAUUCUCGUGAUGGUAAAAGAAAUCUGCCAUCUUCCGUAUCAAAGAAAAUGGCAACAGAGGUUACAGAAUCUCCCUAUCAGGAGUUACAUGGAGUCCAAUCAGAUGUGUACAGUGAGCUUCGGCACUUUAGGAAGUGAAACAAUGGAACUUCAGAAAGUCCCAACGUGUCUGAAAGCUAUGGACACUGGACAACACCACGCACUCUUCCACACACUUAUAGCCUACUGCUGAAGCAUUGUAGGUAAUAAAAUAUAUUAAACACAUAUGUAUAUUUUGAAUGUAAGUGAUAUAUUAAGUACUGUGGUGUGCUGAAUGUGAUGUUCUCUGCAUCCCAUUCCUGUUUUUUGUAAACCUUAAGCUGUCUUCAAAUAUGUAUUUCUAUUUAACGAAUCAUAAAUUAAACUACAUUUUAAAACCA